AGUUUGGAAAAUCCGUUAGUUGUUGACGAUGAAAAUAAGCCUUAAACAAACUCGAUAGAUUUAAAUCGUUAUAAAAGAGGUUUGUUCGUGGAUAAUAGUUAGUAGGAGUGUUGUGAGGGGUAUAAUGAGUGGAAAAAGUUCAAUUAGCCGCGACAGUGAUGAUAAAAGAUAUGAUCUUGUGCCGCCUGAAGGAGGUUGGGGUUAUGCAGUAUGUGUUGGCCUUUCUGUUAUAUUUAUAGCUGGAACAGCUCAUCAGCCCGUAUUCGGGUUCAUAUACAAUGACUUCCUGGAUGACCUGGGGGUUGGAACAGGAGCUGUGACAGUUGUCUACGGCGUAUUCCAGGUCACACUUGCAGUCUCUGGUUUCUCGGCGAAUAUAGCAUUAAAAAAGUUAUCUUUAAGACAAGUGGGACUUAUCGGUGCUUUUAUCUACACGAUGGCAUCGUUUCUAGCAAUAUUCGUGGUAUCAACCACGCAGUUAAUUAUAACAAACGGCUUCUUACAAGGUUUAGGUAUGGGCCUUCUCAUUCCCGUUUCGUAUACAAGCUUCAACAGUUAUUUUACAAGGAAAAAAGUACUUUAUUUGAGUCUUUGUAAGGCAUCAAUUGGAAUGAUAACGAUGUUGUAUCCAUUGUUUAUUAAGUAUACUAUUAUGGAGUACGGCUUCAGAGGAACGCUGGCAAUAUUAUGUGCAAUAUCAGCUCAUAGUAUAUUUGGAGCGAUGGUCAUGCAUCCAGUGGAGUGGCAUAUGGUCAAGAAAGAAAAGACUUGUGAAAAAAUUGUCUUGAUCCCACCGACACCUGCCACGGAUGAAAAAACUUUCGACUUCAAGAUUGCUAAUGGCCUUAUCAAAGAUGCCAGAUCCGCUGAGAAUUUAUACAUAAAGCGUGGCUUGGACAAUCAAGACAAAGGCUUAUUGAUUCUGCCAAAGCUAUCGGACACAAGGAGGUUGAGCAUACCUGUGGUAUUGAUUCCGGCAGAUGGCAAUACUAACAAGUUUAAUUCAAGUGACAAUGUGUACAUAGAGAAUCUGUACAAGGCGGCGUCUGUAUCGAGUCUUGGUAAUUUUGGCCACAUGGUAGAGCCGAUGCCAAUUAUUAAGAAUAAGGAAGGGAAAUGGCAGACAGUAACAGAAUUCCUGGACCUCUCGCUACUAAAGGACCCGGUAUUUGAUAACAUCAUAUUUGGAAUGGCGCUCACAUUCUUUGCUGACUUGACAUUCUUCACAUUGGAACCAUUAUUUUUGGACAAAAAUAACCUGUCUAAGGCUGAAAUAGCAAAUAUUAUUGCAGUGGGAGGUGCCACGGAUAUGGUUGCAAGACUAAUGCUUGGGUUUUCUGGACAGUUCUUCAGACUCAACAGCAGAUAUAUGUUUUAUGCUGGCGCAUUAUUAGCUGCGCUAUUUAGACUUGUACUUAUUCAUUUCACAACAUAUCUACCACUGCUGAUACUAACGGGCAUACUUGGAGCGUUGAGAUCAUUGGUGCACAUAGCACAACCUAUUGUGAUGGCCGACCAUGUUCCUAUAGAGAGGUAUCCACCUGCUUAUGGGCUGUACAUGUUGCUGGCUGGAGGCAUCAGCUUAAGUGUGGGGCCAAUGAUUGGUUUCAUCCGAGAUUAUACAGGCAGUUACAAAAUUGCAUUUACAAUGUUGGCUGUAUGUAAUCUUAGUUGUGUGGUCCCUUGGACAAUUGAAGGAAUAAUAAGGUACAGAAAGAGGAGGAAAGAUACAUUUGAAACGUGAAUUUAAUAUAUAAGAAAACUGCUAGAAUUAAGAAGAUGAAAAAAAGUGUUUGUGUACUUAUGUAUGCACACAAGAAGUUAUACUUCUUUGGCCUAACAAAUCAAAAAUUCUUAAAUUUAUUUAUUCCUCGUGCUAUUCGUACGUUUGUAGAAAGAACAAUAUUAUUGUAAAAAUCUUGCAACGAUGGCUUUGACAAUUAAUUAUUAAAUAUCGAAUACGGCUGUACGGACUUGAACGCUUUGCCUAUCCUAAUAAUAGACGAAGAAACCAAAAAAAAAAAAAUUACGAAUGUCGCAAACGUCAGAAAAUUUUAGGAACCAACUUCAACCUGUUACUUUUGUGUUACAGUGAUGCGUGCGCAUUUUAAAAUUUCAGUCUCAUAAUUUUUUCAUAACGCGCCUAAAGAAGUAUAACUUCAAAAAGAGCGAUAAAAGAAGUGUCUAUAAUGAAUGUUUUCACCAAAUAUUUUUAUUAAUUUUAUUUUUAAAUGUAUACAGGGUGGAUUUUAUGUCGAAUAUGGAGAAGAGGAUAAUGCGUUCGAUUUAGAACAGUGUCCAUAUAAACUAUAUUACAUAUCACUGUUAUAUCAAUAUAUUAUAAUUAAUUCGCAGCACUCGAAAAAGGUUUCGAAAUUAUACUAAAAAAUUCUUAUCCGUAGAUAGAAGUUGAACAAUAGAUGCAUCACUAAAAUAAAAAUAAUAAUGUGACAGAGACACAUAAAUUAGAUUUGUAUUGAGGGUAAGCGAGAUACACUACUAUAUCUACCCAGUUCAUUGGCUCCCAACAAACAAUGGUUGCCAUGGUGAUUUCAGUUAUUAUUAAAAUAUGGGUUGUUGUCACUGACCUUUAUAAAUACCACUGGACAGGGUGUUUCUAAGGUUUGACAACAAAUUUUUUGUGCCUAUUAGAAGCGCCACUCGUGAGCGUCCAGAGAACUAAUUUUGACGUAUAAUACAAAUGGCUGUAAAUGAACGUACAAUUCUCUGAAUUAUUUUUGCAUUUUGAAUAAUUUUUUUUCGUUUUCCGUGUUAUUUAUACUUCAAGAAUCAACGUAAUAAAGCACACAACUUAUUUUUUGUAAAUAGUUUCCCACCAUCUAUCGAAGUUUGCUGAAGUUGCCAUAACUAGUUUUAGUACCGCAGACUCUCGCUAAAUGGCCAACAGCGCCAAAAUGGUGAAUAUCAAACAGGCACAAAAGUAGUUUGACAGCCGUCAGUCCAGUGGUUUAAAGUAGAGGUCAGUGGACGUUAAAACAUAACACACGCCACAGACAAUUGCUAUCUCAUUUACAUACGCUGACAGCAAAUCUAGUGUCUAUUCUAUUCUAUUCUAUUCUUUCUAGUGGCUUCUGUGGAAGGGGCACCACAACUCGCCAACAAAUCUAGUGUCCCUCUUCUAUCUACGAACUUUUCACUGCCAUUAAAGACAGUCACAUGACAACGCCGACUUUGAAAUGUCAAAAGGUUGAAGUAAAUUGCGAACGUCAGCGUAUUAGAACUGUCAUUCGACAUAAAUAGUAUUGACCCGAUUAUAUUUUGUUGUGCCCGUUAUUUAAGUAGUCCCUUUCAAUACGCGUCCCUUUCAUACCACUUCUCUCCUACAGGCAAAAUAUUUAAGCGAAAACCAAAUCGUUGAUAAUAUGCUCAAUGUAACUUUUAACGUGUGUUAAAAUAAAUUUUAUAAUUAUUGUUAAGUUUUAAUGUUAUUAGUAAGCAACACAUAUCUACGAUGUUCGUUAUUUUAGAUAUCUAUAUGUAAUAUAGCAACGGUGUGUGUAGACUACAGGCGAGACAGAAUUCAAAAAUUCAUAUUCAUAAUUGUAUUCAAAUAUUUGCAAUUACUGGACACAAUCCGGUAGUUAGAGCCGACUAUACCAGAACAAGCGUCACAGAAAAAAGUAGCGGAUCCGAAGUUCAAGGACCACAAAAGUUUCCCUCUUAAAAGGUAUAGGGAAUGAAUUAAUUGAAAGCUAUGUAACUACCAACUUAUUAGAAUAGCUAUCCCUUCGAUUAAGGCGAUACUAAAUGCCAGCGACCUUGAGCGAUAUGAGGUCACGGCUGCCGGCCCGCCAUCUAUGUAACAUUAGCCAAUAUUUUCAAAAUUCUUGCGUGGAAAACGUAACAUUUUAACAGAUCCUAACAGUUUUUAUGCUUAAAAUCCUUGUUAUUCAUUACUAAUUUGAAUAAAUGCACCUACACAAAAAAGUACAAGCUAUUUAAUAAUAACUUUUCUGAGAGUAGUACUAAAAAAUGCGUCAUGCCAUGCCAAAAAACUUGUUGAACUGCAAAGAAAAGUGGUAGUUCAAAAAGGCUCGGCAGUCUUGACUAUAACCAACAGCAAGCAUUAGCAACCUAAAAAUACGACUUAAGGAUAUGUGUAACAUGAUUAAGUAGUGUUCAUAGCUCAAAAUGCUAUAAUUUCACCACAAAACUUGUCUUAAAACACAAUGUUUGCGUGUUUUCUGCUUACUCUUCGCCUUAAAAGGUAUAGGGAAUGAAUAAAUGGAAAAGCUAUGUAACUACCAACUUAUUAGAAUAGCUAUCCCUUAGAUUAAGGAACAGUAUCCGCUGAGCUCCAACUAAAUACCGCUGGCGUAGUCGCAAAGUGCGGCAACUAAUACAGCCCAAGUGGGCGUACUCGAGCCAGUGUCGAACAAUGUGUGAAUAAUUGAUAAAUAUAGGAUGCUGGGUUGCGUAGUAAAACUUUGUACAAAUAAUACUACAAGAAAUAAUAAAGUCUCUAUUACAUAAUUAUCAUCAGUAAGUAUUUUGUAUUUUAUUAAUUUCAGUGUAAAAUAACACGAAGCGUAUGUUACAAAAUUUUAAAGAUGCCAUUGAGUGUCACGAUGCCACGCACAUAAGCAUCUAAUAGUUGCCGUAAUAAAAUAGCUAUUGUUCUUAGAUAGUGCGGUAGUUGUAGCCCAGAGGAGACCAAUCUUGAAUCUAAUAGCUAUAAUUUACCAACUUUAAAAAAAAAUGAACACAGACACGAACCACUCCUUUGCAUUUUUCUGUGAUAAUUUUGAGAUUUAUAAACUUAUUAUAUUGUUUUAUUCGAUAAAUCGUCCACUUAUGCAUAAAUAAUACUAAAAUACUGAAUCAUAAUAAGAUGAAUGAAUAACCUGAAUUCUAUAAAUGUCUGUAUUUGUUGGAAUUUCAUCUUUUAUUAUACACUAGUUGAUGUCCGCGACUUCGAAAAAAAAUAAUAAGGACGUUUGGAAUUGAUCAUUAUCUCAUGUCCUAUUCGAGUUCCGGUUCCCGUUUUCGCUCCCGUUCCCAACAUAUUAUAUGAGUCUUAUUUCGAGGAAGAUUGCUAUGGUAAACUAAAUCUACUAUUGGUAUAGUUAUAGCUCAUCGACGUGAAUUUCAUUCAUUUCGUGUUUUCCUCAAAUUCCGCGGGAACCAUGGAUUUAUCCGGGAUAAAAUGUUCCCUAUGUCCUUUCCCAAGCUCUAGUCUAUCGCUGUACCAAAUUUCAUCAAAAUCGGUUCAAUAACUCCGGCGUAAAAGACUAACAAAGAAAAACUUACAUAUUCAUUUAUAAUAUUAGUAGAGAUAAUUUAUUACUUUAACAAUGUAAAUUGAUGCACUUACAGAUGUCUUAAGAACAGUAAAGAGAUGAACUUACUGUUUAUUUCCUUGUUGAAUCAAAGGAGAAUUUUUGUAUAUUUUUGUGUAAAAUAUUAGGUACUUAUGUUAAAAAAAAAGUAUGUGUGUACUUAUGUAUGCACGCAAGAAGUUAUAGGUACAUCUUCGGCCUAACGAAGCAAAAUCAUUAAAAUGAUUUAAUCCUCGAGCUAAUCUACGUUUUUAGAAAGAAAAAUUUUGAAAAAAUCAAAGAUGGCUUUGACAAUUAAUUAUUAAAUAAUGAAUACGGAUGUAUGGGCUUGAACCCUUUGCCUGUCCUAAUAAUAGACGAAGAAACUAAAAAAAAAUAACGAAUGAGGCAAACGCCAGAAAAUAUUAGGAACCAAAUUCAACCUGUUACUUUUGUGUUGCAGUGAUGCGCGCGUAUCUUAAAAUUUCACUGUCAUAAUUUUUUUAUGACGCGCCUAAGGAAGUAUAACUUCAAAAUUUAAGUACCACAUAAUAUGUAGCCACUAGUAUAGGAACAUGAACAUAUUUAUUAUUACAAAAGUAGUUUAUAAUAUCUAUUUACCAUUUACCUCGCUUUAGUUAAGUAGUAGGUAUAACAGAUACUUCUAAUGGUCACACGCUGACUGUAAGCUAUAUUAAAUAUGGUUUACUUAUAUUUAAUAUUGCGUAUUGAUUUGCUUAACAUACGAACUGCUAUCAAUAGGUGUCCCGUGACUAUGAAGGGUAGAGGAGAAUCAUCUAUAUAUAUGAAAAAGUGUGCGCCAAAAUGCAUUAAAUUAGGGUGGCGCUACAGUAGCAUCAGGUUAGUUCUUAAAAGAAGCGCCAAAUAUAAAAUAAUACUAAUCACUCUAGGUGCACGUUUCCCUAUAAUAAUUCUUUAAGGUUAUAUUUACUACAUUAUUUUUUUCAAUAAUUAACUACUUUAGUCAACAGUAAUAUUCAUUUAUUUAACUCAGCAUACUUUGAUUCGAUUACAAUUGUUGCAUUCACCAUACUUCAUACCAUACCCUGUGCCUACAGCUUUUGAACUAUUAUUUACAGCAUAAGCUGGGAACAUUUUCAACUUUUCUCCCAUAUCAGAUGACUCUCCUCACCUCUGCCCUCCAUAUCCGUGACACCACCACACCAGCCACAGAAUAAAAAUACUCCUAGCAAAAAAGAAUUGCAACUCCAUAUAAAAACAUGGAACCACAACGAUACACACCUUAUACACACCAGAAACUAAAAUGGGCGCAACAAACGACCAUUUUUCUCAUGAUAAUAAUCAGUAGUAGUUCCUUCAUAAUAAUCCCUUGAAAAAGUAAUUCAGACUUCCGAACAAGUAAAAUAUUAAAUCAUAGUACAGAAUUCAUUUGGUCAUUUAAUAUGGCCUAGUUAUACAUCGCUCCAUCGAAAACUCAUUAAAGAUCAUUUAAAUUCGAAGCUGUUCCCACUAAUUAUGCCUACUAAUUAUGAGAUCACGCCCAACUUUAAGUAAACCGAACAGAAGCUUCUAAAAAACAUGAUAAAGUUAACAUUUAAUUAAUCGCAGACGCUAAAGAUUAGAUUUGAAUCAUCACGGGUUUUUAACCUUUCCUUUCCGGGAAACUCUCAUCGCGCGGUAGGGUUGAGAUCGGCUUGAUUUUUCGCGCGCGCAGCGUUCUGUCAUUUUUUUACGUGUAUUAAUAGAUUGCUCAUAAUUAGGAUGAUUUGAGUGUAAUGUAUCUAAAAGCUAUUGAAUCAAGCCAUAAGACCUUUCAAAAUAAACCAUCCUAUAAAUAAAAUAAGGGUCAAAACUUGGUGAGGGAAUAGUGUGCUGUACGGCACUCUCGAUUUUGGUGAUCUGAAAAAUCUAGUGCCAUUGCGGCACUGCUUAUUUCGGGAAGGUGCGUAAUCGAGUAUUUUCAACCUCUUUUUUAAUGAGAAUAAGAGACGAGACAAGCAGGACGUUCAGCUUAUGGUAAUUGAUACGUCCUGCCCAUUUUGUAAUGCAGUGCCCCUUUCUUGAAAAACCCAAAAACUCUGAGUGGUAUAGAUACUACCUAGAUACCUACCUUGUCCAUAAAGUGUAUGUAUACAUUUGUUUUAAUUAAUAUAUAAAUAAAACACAUCGAAAUACCUUAUCAAUUUAUCGAAUUUAUUAAAACCUAAGAUUUUAUUAAAAAACUAUAAAUUCGUUAUGAAUAAUAAUUAAGUAGUCCUAACUAGAAUAUUAACUUUAUUGUUACAUUAGUUAUUCGGUGCCAUUAAUUUGUAUUAAGUUUAUAGCUUUAGUGAAAUGGGUUGGCUUAGAUUAAGAAUUGGUCUCCGCUGCGCUCCAACUAGAUAACGCAACCAGUACUACUUCCAAGUUCUCGAAUAAUGUGUAAUGUUGACGUCCCACAUGUUCUGUUAAGCUUUGCUGAUAAUUGAAACUGAAAUGCCGGGUUGCGUCAUAAAACUUUAUAAAAUUAUGCUACUAGAAAUAAUAAAGACACUGAGAUCACAUAUUAUAAUCAGUAAGUAUUUUGUAUUUUAUUAAUUUCAAUGCAAAAUAACACGAAUAAAUAAUAGCUUAUAUACGCAUACGCUAAAGAUGCCAUUGAGUAUUAAGAUGCCAUGCACACAAGCAUCUAAUAAUAGCCGUAAUAAAAACGCUAUUGUACUUAAGUAGUGCGGCAUCUUCGCAGCGGAGACCAACACUUAAUUUAAGGUAUGGUAUUGUAUAAGCGGGCUAAUUUUCGCACCUCGACGAGUGUGCGCCUAUUUUGCGUGUGUGUUUGAUAGUGGAUUAAAGUGGCGAUGUUAACUAUUCCAAUGGCCUAUAAUUCUUUUGUUGAUUGUUUUACAAACUAUUUUAAUGGACAUGUAUGUCGUGGCCACAAUAAGUCAACAACUUAGGGUUUGGAGCUACUGCAAGCGUUUUUUAUUUCGUAGACUAUAAUAUAACUUUAAUUCGAUUCAGUUAUGGAGACAUUAUUCGUAAGUUGGCUGAUUUACAAGGCUGCUAUAAUUGUGUUCUUUAUUCUAAUUUAAUAAACUUUAAAAGCUUUUUGGAGUAAAGAUACAUAAAUUACCAUAAUUUGAAUUUGUUUCUGCAGUUUUUGUAUCAAAUUCUUUGGUUGAACUAUAUAUAUUGCAUGUGAUAACUCACAUAUCAAAUCUAAGUCGAUCUAUUAGUUCCUUAUCUAGGUGACAGUUAUAUUUUUUGAAACCAAUUAAUUGUUCCAGUUUAAUUUA